AUGGAUAAGUACGAUGACCUGGGCCUGGAGGCCAGUAAAUUCAUCGAGGACCUGAACAUGUAUGAGGCCUCCAAGGAUGGGCUCUUUCGUGUGGACAAGGGUGCAGGCAACAAUCCUGAGUUUGAGGAAACACGCAGGGUGUUCGCCACCAAGAUGGCCAAAAUCCAUCUUCAGCAGCAGCAACAGCUCCUGCAGGAGGAGGCCCUGCCCCGGGGAGGCCAAGGCCCAGUCAAUGGUGGUGGCCGUCUGGGCCAGCAGGCUCACCGGGAAGCUGGUGUGGGCAGCAAGAUAACCCUAGAUGGUGCCGCCAAGCCUCCUCUUGCUGCCUCUACAGUGGCACCUGGGGCAGCUGCCACCAUUGCUGCUGGGCAGCCCUUGUACCCACCCCAGGAGCAGAGGGCCAGGCCGUAUGCCCGUGGCAUGAGACAUGGCAGUCAGGACUGUGGCUCUGGGGAGAGCCUGGAAAGUUCUGAGAUGUCUGCUUUCCACCCACCAGGCACCUGCGAGGAUUCUUCCUGCGUCACUCAUGGAGACUAUUACGACAACUUACCUUUGGCAAGCCCAAAGUGGGGCGAUGAGCCAGGAGUGUCCCCUAACAUCAGGCCAAGUGUAGGAGGAAGUGGAUGGCCUGGCCCCCCAGGGAGUGACCCAUCACUGCCCAAACUCUCUGGGAACCAUCGUCUGUACCAGCCACAGCUGUCCCAGAGCUCCAACAAGUUGUUUGAAAGUGGCCUCAGUGGCCACAAUGGUGGCAUUGGUAGCCAUGGUAGUGAGAAGCCAGUGGGCCCUUGGUCUACCUCUUCCCAGCGGGUGAACUCUGGCCUCCGUUCCUCAGGCCCAGAGAAUGGACCUCCCCUAGGGCCCGCUCAGCCUAGGACCCCCUUCUCAGCACCCCUGACCCUGAGCCGCACUGGUCAAGGAGCUCUUCUAAGAACAAACUCAGGGGUGGAAAGUGAGGUUUCAGGUGUGUUGUCUAAACCUAUUGUGGACCCUCAACCCUGGUUCCAGGAUGGUCCCAAAUCCUACCUUUCUAGUUCUGCUCCAUCAUCCUCUUCUGCCGUCAUGGACAACUCACAGAUAGAUGUGGCCUUUAAGCUAGGUCCCAAAUCUGGCUGUAUAGACCCUGGCACUGGUCCCAAGCUCAGCUCCACCGGCCUUGUCCAUCCAGUGAUGUCCACCCUGUCUGAAUUAUCUUGUAAAGAGGAUCCCCCUGGCUGGUCCCCUGACAGCAGCCUGGGACCUGUGUUCUCAGAGAGCCCCAGCCUCCCCAGGGUGCGGCUGCCCUGCCAGACCCUUGUGCCUGGCCCAGAGCUCGGACCCUCGGCCGCCGAAUUGAAAUUAGAAGCCCUCACCCAGCAUCUGGAGCGGGAGAUGGAUGCUCACCCGAAGGCCGAUUACUUUGGAGCCUGUGUGAAAUGCAGCAAAGGGGUCUUUGGGGCUGGCCAGGCCUGCCAAGCUAUGGGGAACCUCUACCACGAUGCAUGCUUCACCUGUACGGCCUGCAGCCGCAAGCUGAGGGGAAAAGCCUUUUAUUUUGUCAACGGCAAAGUGUUUUGUGAGGAAGACUUCCUGUACUCUGGUUUCCAGCAGUCUGCUGACAGGUGUUUUCUCUGCGGACAUCUGAUAAUGGACAUGAUCCUGCAGGCCCUGGGGAAAUCCUACCACCCUGGCUGUUUCCGCUGUGUCAUCUGCAAUGAGUGUUUGGAUGGGGUGCCCUUCACCGUGGACUCGGAGAACAAGAUCUACUGUGUCCGAGAUUAUCACAAGGUGUUGGCCCCCAAGUGUGCGGCCUGUGGGCUUCCCAUCCUUCCACCUGAGGGCUCAGAUGAGACCAUCCGUGUUGUGUCCAUGGACAGAGACUACCACGUGGAGUGUUACCACUGUGAGGACUGCGGCCUGGAGCUCAAUGAUGAAGAUGGCCACCGCUGCUACCCACUGGAGGACCACUUGUUCUGUCACUCCUGCCACGUCAAGAGGCUGGAGAAAGGCCCCUCACCAGCUGCCCUUCACCAGCACCACUUCUAG